GUAUUGCAGAGAGAGCCACUGGAGAAAAUUUUGCAGAAGAUGACAAUCAUGGAGGAAGAGAGAGAAUUCAAAGAAAUUGUUGAAGAUGAAGAGGAGACUGAUGAGAAGGUCGAUGGCGUGGAAGAGGAAGAAGAUGGAGAGGAUGAUGAUGAAGACGACGAUGGUGAAGACGAUGAUGAUGAUGAUGAGGAUGAUGAUGAUGAUGAGGAAGACGUUGAUGAUGAUAGAGAAGUGCUUCAGAACUCUGGUGGUCCUCCGGUUCAGUCUAUAGAUGACGAUGAAGAUGAUGAUGAGGACGACGAUGAUGAGGAUGACAGUGACGACGACGGUGAGGGCGAUGGUGACGAUGACGACGACGAUGGCGAGGGGAACGAGGGGGAAGACGAUGAGGAAGUCGAAGAAGAGGAGGAUAUGGGAACCGAAUACCUUGUCCGACCAGUGGCUCGUGCUGAAGAGGAGGAAGACGCCAGUGAUUUUGAACCACAAGAGAAUGGCGAGGAAGAAGAGUUUGAGGAAGAGGAGGAGGAGGAGGAGGAGGAUGAUGAUGAUGAUGAUGCUGGUGGGAAAGUCGAUGUUUCAGCAAAAAGGAAGAGGUCAGGCAAAGACGACUCUGGUGAUGAUGAUGAUGGUGGAGAGGAUGAUGAGAGACCAUCCAAGCGAUAGGGCCAGGCCUUCUUGGGUUGAAGCCAACCCUUGACAUAUAGGUCAUUCUCUCCUCUCUCUCUCUUAAAUCCAUCUUACCUCUUUGUAGAAAGAAGGAAUAGGAUGCUUUCUUCAAUGGAUGCUGUUCUGCUUUCCUGUAAUAUCAUGUUUCAGUACUAUUUUAUAGGGUUGGUUAAAGAUCUUGAAAAUGCAUAUAGUUUAUAUGGGUUUUCAAAAACUAUUAAGACUUUGGUUUAGAUGUGGUGUAAGGUAUUGAUGUUAGAUAAACUCAAGCACUUCAUUCUUAGGUAGGUUUUAGUGCUCCUUUUUAUUCCCAGUCUGUUGGAUGGUUUUAAGAUACUGUGGAUUUCAAUAUAUUGUUGGGUUGUUUUUGAGAUGA